AUGGCAAUUGUGGACCCAGACUAUAAGUUUAUUUGUAUAGAUGUCAGUGGAUAUGGACGAAACUCUGACGGGGGAAUAUUAGAAGAAUCUAUUAUGGGUAAGCGAUUAGAAGCUGGGAUGUUGAAUGUACCUGAAGAUAAGCCUUUGCCCGGUAAAGUUGAAAAAUCGCCUAUGGUUAUUAUAGGUGAUGAAGCGUUUUCAUUAAAAACUUAUAUAAUGAAACCAUUUCCUAGACGACAAUCACGAAAUGAUAGAAAAAAGGAUACUUACAAUUAUAGAUUAUGCCGGGCACGAAGGGUAGUAGAGAAUGCAUUUGGAAUUUUAGCGAAGAAAUGGAGGGUAUUUGAGAGUCCAAUGGAAAUGAAAGAAACAACUGUAAAAAAAAGUUAUUAUGGCAACAUGCAUACUACAUAA